AUGUCGUGUUCUGCCGUAAACUGCACGAAUCGAAGUAGUCAGGGUAUACGUCUAUUCAGAUUUCCGGCUCAACUUGAACGCAGAAAAAUUUGGAUAAAUAAUACCAGAAGAGCGCAAUGGCAACCUACAGAAUCUGCUCGUCUGUGUGAAAUUCAUUUUGAAGAGAACCAAUUUGAAAGAAAAAGGAUAGAUGGCUGGAUUAAAUUAAAAUGGGACGCCAUUCCUACAAUUUUUAAUGUUCCAAAUCCACCGAAGAGCACAAUGACAAAAAGAAAAUCCAAAUACAAGAUACUUGAUCCUCCUUUGAAUGUUCAACCAAAUGAAAUUGAAAAUACAACUGGUGCAAGUAUGCAGUCAUUGCAGUCUAUACCUGAUGAUACUACAUUGAGUGUUGGACAAAAUGAAAUUGAAAAUAAAACUGAUGAUAAUAUGCAGUCAUUGCAGUCUUCAUUACAAAUGGAAAAUUAAGUGUUGAGAAAGGAAAACGACCGUUUAAAAAGAGCAAAUGAGCAGUUUGUUAAAUAUCUAGAACAGACAAAUGAAAAUUUUAAACAACAACUAGAGGAUCGAUCAAAGUUGUUAGAAACAUUUUUGAAUAAAGACCAAAUUAUGGCGUUGUCAACCAACAAAAUGCAUGAAUGGUCUAAAGAAACUAUUGUCAAAUCACUAAAGCUAAGAUUCAGUCUUGGUGUGAGUGGGUAUAAUUACUUACACGAAACAAAAUUUCCUAUACCUUCAUACAGC